UAACCUCUCUCUUUUUUGUUUAAUUUUAUACUAUUAAAAAAAUUAAACAAUCACAUUAAGCAUAUAAUAAAAACAUUUAGAUUUUUUCUUAUAUGUUAUAUUUUGAAUUUUUUAAAAUGACUAUAAAUUACUAAAAAUGGUAAAACUCCCGCAUUAAAAUUUUUGUGAUCAAUGGUUUAACUUUUUUUUGUUCAAGCAAUAUACAAAUGAUCAUAUAACGUAGGAGUGGGCGUUCGGAUACACGUACAUGUUUGUAUCGGGUAUUUCAGUAUAAAGGUAUAGAACAUGUUUGGGUAUUUCUACACUUCGAGUUGGUUUCGGGUAUUUUAUAUUAGGGUUCAGAUAUUUUGAGUCUGAUUCGGAUAUUUAAAUUUUAAGGAAAAAAUAAAUAAAUUAUUCAUUGUUUAAGUUUUUUUUUGUAUUUAAAAUAUAUUUUAACUUAACUAGUUUUCUAAUUUUUUAAAGAUUAACCUAUUAAUAGGGGUUGGAGAUAAAUAAAUUUAAAACUAGAAAAACACUAAUUUAGUUAUUGUUUUGAAAUUUUAGAUGAAAGUUUAUCAAUGCAAGAAAUAAAAGCUUAAUAUGUAUUUUAAGUGAGUAGAAAAUGAUUUUGUCCAUAAUUAAAUUCUAUAACAACUUUAUAUAUUAGAUUUUAACACUAACCUGUUAAUAUAGUUUGCCGGUGUUUUUUCAAAAUUUUGAUUCUUAAAUAUGUAUCUGAAGUGAAACUAAUUUUUACAGAUGUCCAUUUUUUUUUAAAUUGACACUUAUGUAAUUCACCAAAUUUAUAAGAAGUUAAGAAAAAAAAACUUAACUCAUAUCAAUGAAACAAAAACGAGAACGAAAACAUAAUUUUAUAUAUGUAACAAACACUUAUGGAGAGUCAAUAGUAAACAAAUCGAGAGCAUAAAACUAAUUAUCUUUCGUCAUUAUACAAUCAAUGCUGGCUAUUUGAUUUUGGUGAUUUGUGUCAGCCACAAAACUUAAUUUCUUUUUGUGUAUAUGAAACUUUAAAAAUAAUUAAAAUGAGAUGUAAUACAUUAAUUUUUCAACAACGAUGAUUUAUUUAAGAGACCAACAUUUGUAUUCGUUAUUUUAUAAUUGAUAAAUAUUAUAGUAUUGCAAAAUGUUAAAACCAUUUAAUAAAAGAAAUUAUUUAAAAAAAAACUUACCCUGCGCAUACGCACGGAUUAUCAUCUACUUUUCAUUAUGUGGUGGUGGACCUUCAAAAAGUCAGCUAAGCAUAAAACUAGUUUAUCAUAUUGUAAUUUCCCGCAAGCAAUUAUGUUGAAAACCUUCGCAGAUAAAGUUAAUUAGCAUAGAACAAUGAUCACACAAAGAACCACUAUCUAUCAAUUUAAGGUUCAAUAGAAUAUACAAGAAAAGUAAAACAGAAUUUUAAAAUUCAACCCACUUCUAGUUUUAACGCCUCAAGUAUUCAUUGGAUUGAUGGAUUCUUUGGGAUUUGGAUGUCUUGAUUAGCUCGAGAUAUGCAUGGUCAUUUGAUAUUUAAUUAAUAAGUGCGAAUUAAUAUAACGUCCAACCAAUAACAAAUGGCCAAACAAAUGUCACAUACUCUUCCAGUUUCUCGUUAAGCGUCACAUUAACAUUUUUCACACAGACUAAAAAAGUAACGGAAAUAUAUGAAAAUUGUUAUUAAUUACAUCUUUUUGACCAAUAGUAUUUGAGAUAAAUAAAAUUAUUUAUAAAAUUAAAACAGUUUGUAAUUAAUUAUCAACUGAAAGUAAGUAUAAUUUGCAUUAAAAUUGUAAAAUAACACUUUUUGUAAAAAGCUAAAAUGACACUUAUAAUGAAACAGGUGGAAUAUAAUCUAAUAAUAAAAUAUAUAAUGUAUAAAAAUAAAAUAUCAUUGAUUUGUUGCCCUUUUGUUUACUUAUACAUAAUAAUUGAUUAAAAUAAAAUUUGUAUUAUUUUAUCAAACUACCAAUAGUAGAAACAAGAGAUAUGAUAUAUUUAGACAACGUUUUGCAAUUUCUAUCAACUGAGAAAGCAAAGAUGGAAAUUGUCUCAGAAAACCUGUUCUUGUCAUUUUGCUUUAUCCUAUCAUGUUUCUUUAUUUUUACCACCGUAAGAUUCCGACAGAGCUCUACCCGAUCCACCAUGCUUCCUCCUGGACCUCCACGGUUACCGCUCAUAGGUAACAUUCACCAAAUCGGUAAACUCCCACACCGUUCAUUCACGGACCUCUCAAGAACAUAUGGACCAAUCAUGCAUCUAAAGUUUGGACGUUUAAACACAGUUAUCGUAACUUCACCAGAAGCUGCAAGAGAGGUUCUAAAAAGACACGAUCAAACCUUGUCUGGCCGUAACUCUCCUAACUCGAUACGGUCCAUUAAUCACCAAAACGUUUCUGUGGCAUGGAUUCAUCCGUCAACGGCCCGUUGGAGACUGUUGAGAAAGCUGUCGGCUACUCACAUGUUCUCGCCGCAGCGUAUUGAAGCCACUAAAGCUCUGCGGAUGAAAAAGGUGCAAGAGCUCAUGAGCUUCAUGGAUGAAAGCAGCGAGAGAGAAGAAGCUGUUGACAUUUCUCGUGCAUCUUUCAUCACAACACUUAAUAUCAUAUCGAACAUUAUAUUCUCGGUUGAUCUCUGUAGCUACGGCUCGGAAAUUUCAAAUGGAUUUCAUGACUCAGUUAUUGGAGGCAUGGAAGCUGCUGGGAGUCCAGACCUUGCUAACUUCUUCCCGUUUCUUGGGUUUCUUGAUCUGCAAGGUAAUAGCAAGAGGAUGAAGUUCUGUACAGAGAGGUUGUUUAAGGUUUUCCGAGGGUUCAUCGAUAUUAAAACUGCGGAAAAAUCGUUGCGGAAUGAUCCAAAAGAUGCUUCCAAUAGAGAUUUUUUGGAUGCGCUUCUUGAUCUCACCGUAGGGGAUGAAGCCGAACUCGACAAUAAUGAUAUUGAACACCUUCUCUUGGAUAUGUUUAUAGCAGGCACAGACACAAGCUCUAAUACCGUAGAAUGGGCAAUGGCAGAGUUACUUACUAACCCUAAAACUAUGGUGAAAGCUCAAUCCGAGAUCCAACGUAUCAUAGGCCAAAACGGGUUCGUUCAAGAGCCUGAUAUCUCAGAAUUGCCCUAUAUACAAGCGGUUGUGAAAGAAACUUUGCGUUUGCACCCAGCUGUUCCUCUUCUCCUCCCACGGAAAGCGGAAAAGGACGUAGAGGUGUUUGGAUACCUUGUCCCUAAAGAUGCUCAGGUUUUGGUGAACGUAUGGGCAAUAGGACGAGACCCAAACGUGUGGGAGAAUCCGACCCAGUUUGAGCCAGACAGGUUUUUGGGGGAAGAAAUUGAUGUGAAAGGUAGAGACUAUGAGUUAACACCGUUUGGGGCCGGAAGAAGAAUUUGUCCAGGAUUGCCUUUGGCUGUGAAGAUGGUAUCCCUUAUGCUCGUUUCUCUUCUUUAUUCCUUUGACUGGAAGCUUCCAAACACCGUCGACAUGGAGGAAACCUUUGGUAUUACCUUGCACAAGGCCAACCCGUUACAUGUUGUUCCUGUUAAAAAAAAUCGUCACUAGUUGAAACAUUGAAUGCUUUUUUCUUGGUUAGUAAUGUUGAUGUAUUGAAAAUUUGAAGUUUGUUUUUGUCAUAUUAUAUAUUAUUUAUCUUAUGAAUGAAUGAAUAUCACAAACCAUACAACUAUUGACCUGAUUACUAGAAUAAAAGCAAAAUUCAUCUCAUUUCUCAAACGCUCUUUUCUCAAUUGUAAUUUAUAAGAUUUCUUCUCACAAGGAUCUUAUGAUAAGGUGGCUAAGGUCUGAAGAAUGUUAGGCAUCCAUAAUGAUAUUGGGACUUAGUUAUAUCUGUAGGGUAAACCCAUAAACAAGCUCAAACCAUCAGUUGGCUUUUCGUCAAAGCUACCGAUUAUGCAAGCUCAAGCUCAAAACAUACACAAAUAUUUUUUUUUGACAACAAACGGUUUUUCUGUUAUUCAAACUUGAGGUAGUCUGAGUAACCAGACCAGAAUAGAACAAUCAAUAAAACAAAACUCUCUAUAGAAAGACCUCGCAGUCUUAGCUAAAGAGUCAGAAAUCUGAUUUUGCGAUCGUGGAAUAUAAGUGAACUUGAAGUCCGGGAAGCAUAUCUGCAGAGUCUCUAUACUCUCCAAUUCUGUUGCAAGGCUUGGCCACGCAUGAGGCUUCUUAAUCAUAGCGAUCAGCUCCUUACAAUCUGUCACAAAGCUCUGGCAUGUCGAAUGUUGAAGAAUAUUCUCCAUCGCCCAUCGCAGUGCUUCUACUUCUGAAUGCAUGGUAGAUUCGCGUCGAAUGUAAUUUCGUGUCCCCAUAAAUUGAAUCUUCCCAAAGCUAUCCAUCCAAACCCAUCCAAACUCGCUGAACUGUGAUGUGGAUGUCCAUGACCCAUCUAACAUGCAAAUAUUAACCAAGUUUAAGACUUGAGGUUCCUCAUUACUGUGAUCAUGUAGCAUUGGUGGCACCAUCUUGUUUGCAUUAAACCAUGCUUGACAUUCACUCUCUGCAUAACGAACUCAUUCCAAUGGAUUCCUGUCUAUCCCUCUAAAGAGUUUGUCAUUCCGGGUAUUCCUAAUAUACCAGAUUAUCCAGGGAUAAAGAUCCAUGUCUAGUUCUGGCUCGACAAUGGUGUUCUUUCUCCAAAAGAGAUAGUCCAUAUUAGCGUAAAUACUCGGCACCGGAAAGAUAUCUGGACUUGUUGGAGUCGCUGAUAGGGACCAUGCUUGUAAAGCUGGCGGGUAUUUUAAUAUGGCAUGUGUGACAGAUUUUUCUGGUUCUCCACAUCGUGGGAAAUAGUUAUCGCACCUCAUAUUACGCCCUAUUAAAUUCCUCGUUACUGCGACAUGACAUGUUAUCAAUUACCAUAUAAGAUGACAUAUCUUUUGAAGCGCUUUUAUCUUCCAAGCAAAGGCCUGAAGCUUAGUGAUACUUGGCUCCAGCACCGCCUUUUCUUCCUCAGACUUUCAUAAAUUCUGAGCUACCCAAUAUCUAGUUUUAAUUGUAUACUGACCAUUUCUGGUGUAGUUCCAACAUAAUGUAUCACGACAAUGAGUUGAGCUUAUGGCCAAAAUCCUUAUGAAUGGUAUAUCAGCAGAGCUAACAUAAUCCUCCAAUAAUCCAACAUUCCAUUCAUUUAAUUCCUGAUUAAUGACGUCGCUUACUUUCAUAUUCAGGUGCAAAACUGGGGCUAAAGGGUGAGCUGGCCUAACUGGUGUUGUAGGGAUCCAAGGAUCCUCCCACACCUUGACCUCAUAUCCAGAAGGUAUCUUUUGUCUGAUUCCUAAUAGCAGUAGCUUUCGUGCCGCUGAAAUACUAGUCCACACAUAGGAUGGGCUGCUUACAGAGCUUACUCGCAAAGGUGAACUCAACCUGUAGUAUAUUCUCCUUAAAACUCGGGCCACUAGCGAAUUAGGGUAUUGAACUAGCCUCCAUAGUUGUUUUGCUAAUAAGGCCAGGUUGAACUCAUGGAUCAAACCAGAAACCAAUGACUUCCUCUUUGAGGUGGAUUUGAGCUCCACCAAAAUUGUGCAAUGUCACUUGCAAGGUUCUCACAUAUCUCCAGUGGAAGAAGGAAGUUAGAUAUAACAUAUGUCGGAAGAGCUAGUAAGAUAGAUUUAAUCAAAACUCCCUUUCCACCUUUUGAAAGCCAUCUACAUGUCUAUCCAUUCACUCUAUGCAUUAAUUUGUCCUUGAGAAAUGCAAAGAAUUUGCAUUUAGAUCCACUAAUAUCUUCUGGAAUUCCUAAGUAUGUCUUCAUUCCUCAUUCAUUCUGGAUUCCAAGUGUAUCUUUAAUCUGUUGUCUAACAUUUGCGUUUAUCCUCUUACCAAAGAGUAAUGAGGAUUUCUCAAAGUUAAUACAUUGGCCUGAUGCUUGUCCGUAUUUCAUGACUACUUUCAUCACUUCUUCACACUCACGGGGUUCCGCCUUACAGAAUAUAUUGUUAUUGACCACAUGAUAUUAAUUGAAAAAUGAUUUAAAGACACCACAGUUGCAAUACAUACCACCUCAUGAAGAGUGGCCAUCUUAUUUCGAAAACAAGGCAAGAGCCAAAAGUUGAAGAACAUGUGAAGUAGUCUUUUAAUUUGUCAUUGCAUUGUCCAAAAGCUUACAUUUUCAAGUUUAUACGGCUUAGAGUUGCUUCUAUAGAUCCAUGAGGUUCAUUCGUUGGCAGGUACACAUAUCAUCCUUAAACUGCAAAAUCAAUUUAUCAGAAACCAUUCAUAUUCAAAUCUUGUAGUUUCAUUAUGAAAGGUAACAAAAACAUUAAGAUUCUUACCUUAACCAUUUAAGGGGUUUCUUUGGUUGAAAGAUUUACAGGUAAAAAGUGUAUAUUUGGCAUUUUAAGGUGAAUCAAUGCUACAUCAGCAAACCUAAACCUAUCAUGGUAAGAAUCACAUAAACAGUGAAGAAAAUGUCGACAUAUAUGAAGAUGGUACCAUCUCAGUACAACCCUUCCCAUAAGACAGAGUGUGCCUUGGACAGAGGGCUGUACACUCUGUUUCAGGAGGACCAAAGAAAUUAUCCAUCAGCACCUUCUUUACCUCCAUGAACUUCUCAUUGAAAUAGAGUUCUUUUUCGGGAUGCUUACAACAGACUCAUACGAGUACAUGUCACCACGAACGUGUAGUAUCAGUUUCACUAAAAAAUAUGAUAAAAGUGGUGAUCAGUUUAGAGUUUCACUCAACACUCGAAAAAAAAAAAACAUUAGAUGCAACCAAAGAGAGCAAAAUCGAGAACAACCACACCAUCUGCAAGCAAAACAAUCAGAGAUUUUAUUGGGCAUUCGUAACCUUUACACUGAACUAGUCCACUGGAGAUAAAUAAAUGGUCUCAAUAGAAGUAUCUAAUAAUAGCUUUCAUUCUUUUGUUCUUUCUUCUGAUGUAUACAUCCAAAACUCUAACAACAUUCAUUAGCAACUUAGCUAAAGUGAAUUAAUAUUUAUUUACUAAUUGGACAGCAUGAUAGACUACAAAAGAAUAUUCUUGUCUCAUAAUCUUUUUUUUUUGAAUGAAUAUUAAAUUUUAUUCAUCAAAAAGCCUUUUUACAUCGAAGUAUAGACAAUGAAUAAUACAACUACUUAUAUUUCACCUUUGCUACUACAUCUCCCACAUUAUUCAAAUCUACUCAAAAUACAAUUUACACUCUAAUUCCAAACCAAAACUGGAGUCCACCUUCCAUACCACCCCCCUGUUUCUCAUUAAACGGAGCUUAUUCCUUACACCUUUUUCAGUAAGCUUCUUCAGAAUGGAAAACGGCAAAGCCUGCUCCCCAUGUUUUACCUUUUUCCUUUCUCUCCAUAUCGCAUACACUACGGUUUAGAAAGAGUAACGUACACAAAAGAGCUCUUCUUACUCACAGUGUUACCUGAUAACAGAGUCGCUAUGGAGGACCAAGCAUUAGUGUGAUAACUUCACAGAAUACCAAGCGUUAAGUGCUCCCACAGCUGAGAGGAGUAGGAACAAUCAAAGAAUAUGUGGUUUCUAUUCUCUGUGGCAUUCUGACACAGCACACAAGUGGUGUCCACUCCCUGGCCCCAACUGGAAACUAUAUCCAUAGUUGAUAACCUGUCCAACAUUGUCAGCCAAGUAAUGAACGCGAACUUUGGUGUGGCCAUGGAGAACCAAACACUUCUUGCCCAUGGACAUUGAGCAUAGGAUUCUCGCAACAGUAGCCAAGUCUCAUGAGAUGAAAUUUCAGAUUUGAACCCCAACUUCCUGCUCCAUAAAUUCACAUCCAUCUCGUUGUGUCUUAUCUUUCUCCUUAACAACUAUCAGCUCAGCUUCAAUUUCAUUAAGAACCACAUAUCUAUGCUUUCUUCUCCUCUUAUUACUCACUACAGCUUCUUCCAACGUAAUCUCUUUCCUAAAACCCAUAUCAAUGAUACCUAUUUCUCCCAAUAUAUCAAAGAGGACCCCUUUAUCAGACCAAUUGUCGAACCAAAACGAAGUAUGGCGACUAUUACCCACCUCUUUUUUACAUAAAGUUUUCGCAACAUCCCUCAGUUUCAGUAACUUUCUCCAUAUCCAAGAUCCUGCUUGAGUUGUAACCUUAACUUCCCAGAAACUCUUUUUUUCAGAAGAUAAAUCUUGAUCCAUUUACCCCAUAGCGAUUUACCCAAUAACAACCUCCAGAUGAGUUUUAAUCCAUACACCAUAUUAACCUCCAUCCGAAUCGCCAAUCCUCCUUCACUUUUGAGUUUACAUAUGUCUCUCCAAGCAACCUUUGCUCAUGUUGACUUUAAAGCCGGUCCUGACCAGAGAAAAGAAGCACACAAUUGUUCAACCUCCUUCAUACACUUGCUUGGAAGCCUAAAUACAACUGCCCAAAAGUUAACAAUACUCAUAAGCACAGACUUGAUCAACUGCAGCCUCCCCGCAUAAGACAGAAAGUGAGUUGAUCUUACUGCGAAUCCUUUCCACUAGAGGUAGGUUGUCCUGCUUGUUCAUUACUUUUGUCAUCAGAGGAAGUCCUAAGUAACGAACAUGUAGCUUACCCUCAGCGAAUGAGAAGUUCAUCAGUACUCUAAUUCUUUCUACCUCAGACACACCAGCCAUAUACAGAGUCGAUUUCUCAAUACUUAUGUUCAAACCAGACCACUUGGCAAAAUCUUCAAAUACUGACAGGGCCCCUUCAAUAGAUUCUUUAGUACCUUCUACGAACACCAUAAAGUCGUCUGCAAAGCAUAGAUGAGUGAGGGAGAGUGAUUGACACCGAGGAUGUAACUUGAACUUCUUUUCUUUGACGGUUUUGUCUAUCUUAUGUGAGAGCACAUUCAUACACAAGACAAAGAGGUAGGGAGAGAGAGAGAGCAGCCUUGUCUUAAUCCCCUUGUACUCUUAAAAUACCCAGCCAACUCACCAUUUACUUGUACCGAAAAUGAAGGAGUAGAGAUACAAAGUUUGAUCCAGUGAAUGAACCGAGCUGGUACUCCUACUGCCUCCAGACACUGCAGCACAAAAGACCACUACACUGAAUCAAAAGCCUUCAAAAUGUCAAUCUUCAUCACACAUCAAGGAGAAACAUAGACUUUAUGAUAGUCCUGAACCAACUCUGAUGCAAGUAAGCCAUUUUCCAUCAGAAGCCGACCUCUUACAAAAGCUGACUGGUUCUCUGUAAUCAUAUGAGGAAGAAGCAUCUUUAGUCUAUUGGCAAGAAUUUUUGAGACCACCUUGUAUAGGACAUUGCAGUAAGCUAUAGGUCUGAAGUCUCGCAUCUCCAACGAGUCUGUUUUCUUAGGAACCAGAGCCAAAAUUGUAGAGUUCACCCCUUUAGGAAGAAAACCAUACCGAAAAACUGAUUGAACAGCCACUGUGAAGUCGUUACCAUGUAGUCUUAAAGAACUCGCUAGGAUAGCCAACAGGACCCGGGGAUUUAUUUGAGGGCAUAGCAAACUAAACUUUAUGAAUCUCAUCUUCAGUGACCUUCUCUAUCAGCAUAUUGCAAUCAUCUUCCGAGCAUCUAAACUGAAGAAGACUCUGCAACUCUUCCAUAAUAGUACCAACAUAGCUAUCAGGAGAUUGACUAAGAAAUCAAGAAAAGAACCUCACCGCUUCCUCUUUAAUAUCCGUCUGUGUAGUAACCAUAUUCCCAUCCAAACAUCUGCUUUCUCGAAUGAUAUUGCGCUUGACGAGAUCUGAUAGCAUUGUGGAAAGUUUUAUUGUUCUGAUCCCCUACAUCAAGCCAAUGGAGCUUAGCUCUGUUUAAGAAAAUUCUCCUCUAACCCCGCUACAUGAAGCCACUUCUCAUAAGCCUCAAAACUCCUCUUGAAUAUUGCUAGAACUAGGAUUUGCCAAAGUUUGUUGCUGCUUCUCACACAAGUCCCCAUGAGCUUCCUUAGCUCUUUUCGUUAAGUUUCCAAGUUUCUCUUUACCAAUCUCCCUGAUAAGAGGCUUUAAGCACUUCAACUUCUUUGAAUAUCUAAACAUAGCAUAGGUGGAAUGAUAGAGCCUUUGCGUAGAAUCCCAAAACUCCUUGACUCUUGGGAGAAAAGAUUCCAAUUUCCCAAUCGCAUUAGCAUACUUAAAUGGUCUUCUUAUUCUCUCAGUGACAGGAAAAAUCUGAAUCUUGCAUCUCAUAUGCUCCGAGCAACCUCCCGCUUCAAAAACUGAAUAAGCAUUUGUGAAUCUUUCCAACGCUUCUUCAUUCAUAAGUACUGGAUCCAACUUCUUACAAAUUACCCCUUCAUCUCUUUUAUUACACCAAGUGAACAAUGGUCCUUGAUAACCCAUAUCUGUGAGUUUAUAGUGGAGCACCAUUCUUUGAAAAUCCCUCAUACCACUUGGUAGUCAUCCUAAGCUUUCAAACCCCAAACUCUCUCCGCAUCCAAGAUCUCAUUAAAAUCACCAACUAAGAACCAAGCCUUAUUACGAAACAAAGUAGAGUCUUGGUGGUGACAGAGAUCUUCCCACAACCCGUUCCUACCUUCAGCCGUAUUAUUAGCGUAGACACAAGUGAAGAAAAAUUCCUCCUUCUCCAACAACCCAACAAAACAUGUAAUUAGAUGAUCAGUUUUAUACACCAGUAUCAUACAAACCCCAUCACACCAAACCAACCAUAUUCUUCCUCCUUUACUAUGCUCGUAGUUAGUCAUAUGAGACCACUGACUAAACACCUUAUUUAGAGUACCUUCCGCUUUACUCUCCUUUACCUUUGUCUCCAAGAUACAUCCAAAACUCAUAUUGUUUCCUCUAACCCACUCUUGUACCACUGAAUGUUUCAAAUGUUUGUUAUAAAUCCGUGCACAUUCCAGAAGAAGCUCGCCAUUAUUAAUGUUUUCGUCGGGUAGGCCUUGUGUUCUUACCUGGAUUUUCAUUUGGAGCCUUAGCCUUCCGACCUCUUCUCUUCCCCGCUUUAAUUUCCUCUCUUAUUUGUUGCUCCAAGUUUUCAUCUUCGAGCAGUUCACCCUCAAAUAUCUCUAUCUCCUCAUUUACCUCACUUACUACAACCUCGAGACCAUUUCGAAAUUCAGCAACUAUUUCCCCUUCCUCCUCUUCUUCUACACUCAGAUCUGAGAACUUAGACACGGAUAUUUGUAUCUCAUUAUCUUUCUGUGUGGAGAAAAAUAAUCGACCUGUUUUUGCUGGAAAAACUAGAGACCACACAUUGACCUCCUGAUUACCAGCUGUAGCCUCCUUAGUCUUUGACUCCUCCUUAAUAGAAUCAUCUCCCUUAUCCACCAUCUGCACUCUGUUCACAGUCUCUUCUUCUACAUUAACCGAUAACUUCCCUUCAGCCUGAGGGCUAGUAACCUUCUCAGCACUUACUUUAGUUUUUUGAGGUAAAUCAGCAGCUUCCUUACGCUUCUUCCCUUUCCUUUAGUACCACAAACAGCUUCGCCAUCGCCCAUUUUUCACAUAACUGGCAUCUUGUCGGUAACCAUGGUUAGUAGUAGUCCACUGUGAACUGCUUACCCUUCUUUGUGAAUGUGAUAUGUUUAGGUAGAACCUUGGAGAAAUCAACAUUCACAAAAACUUUAGCAAUUUCAAAUUUUGUGCAAGCCACAGUUUCCAGGUGCUAGUUCACUGGGAAUCCCACUGUACUAGUAACAAAACUGAUCCCUUCCCAUGAAUACAUAUGGAGUGGAACCUUCUCCACGUGCACCCACAUCGGAAUUGAUUCCUCUUCUUCCUCCUCAGACCUCGGAGUCCACUUUGAAACAAUCAUUGGAACUGCAGCUAUAUUCCACAUACCCCGACAAAUGAUCUUUUCUCUAGCCUUCUGAGUCGAGACCUUGAACCUCAUCGUUGUAGCAUUGACUUCAUAGACCUCAAUCUUUUCUGCAGUGUAACCAUACUUCCAUAUCUUAUUCAGAACCAUGUGGACCUUAGCUACAUGAGGAUCCAGAUCCAGGAACUUUCCAACCACAAAAUCAUCCCAUAAUGGAGUAGAGUUAUUGAGAAUUUCAUCCGGGAUCUCCACCGUUUGAAUACCAUCCAGACUCGAAACCUCCACCUCGUAUCUCUUCAAAACCUUCUUCGUUUGCGCAACCUCGACCAAUGACGCCCCACUUGAACUCUUCAAUUCAAUCUGAAUCUCCUGACCCUUCUCAACAACCCCCAAUCUACUCUGUAAGUCAACCCCUCGAAUCUCCUCUUGAACCUUUGCAACAACAGCCAACCCACGCUGCGAAUCAGCCCCUCGAAUCUCCUCUUGAACCUUUGCAACAACUUCUAAUCCACACUGCGAAUCAGCCCCUCGAAUCACCUCUUGAACCAUCGCGAUAACUCCUUGAUCCACGCUGUGGAUCUACCCCUCGAAUCUCCGCCUGACCUCCAUUUGCCAUCAACAGAGAGCUUGUGAGAUCCGGUGGCUUCUUCGAAGCCAUUAGUCGUAACCCUAGAAAUCGCCUUUCAAAUCGCCCUCAGAGAGUUUUCCCAAAACGGUGUGUUUUCAUAAAAAAAGAUUGUUGUCUCAUAAUCAUACAAAAUACAUACUUGUUUAUUGGUUGGCGGCUAAAUGUCAUAAGAGAGUUCAUAGUAGGGAUGUGUUGUACAAAUGUAGUUAAAAAUGUUAUCCUACCAUUAUAGUCCACUAAUAUACAUGAAACUCAUCUCAAAUCAAAAUUGAACUCAAUGAUUAUACCAAACUAAAAAAUCACAAAUGAAACUAAUCUCAAAUUGGAAUCAAACUUGUAAGAAGUGGAGUACACAGAAUAGAGAGUGAAAACACAAAGAUCCUCAACUAAUCUAAAUCAAAUUGGGAAUGAAACUCGUAAGUAGAGCAAUUCAGAUUAAAAUACACAGAUCGUCGACUACUUUAUCUGGAAACUAAUCUCAUAUCCGAACAAAACUUGUACAGAAAACAGCGAAGAAAAGAAAGUGAAACACACACAAAUUGUUAACUAAUCAAAACGAAACUCUAAAACAUAUAUGAGAAGAAAGUGAAAACACAGAGAUCCUUGACGUGAAAUUUAUCUCAAAUGGAAAUCAAACUCAUCGUAAUCUGAAACACAUGAAAUAAAGAGGAGAACAAUUGUCGACAUGAAACUCAUCUCCGUCAAGCUCAUAAACACAAAGAUUAUAUCAAACUGAAAAACAAAACUCAACUAAUCUGAAUGACCGAAAUAAAAAUGCAUAAGAAUCGAAUACAUGAUUGUGUAAAUCUUUUAACUCUCAACGUAACUCAUCCCAAAUCCAAAACGAAUUAUGAAAUCAAAAUGAAAAAUCUUACCAAUUAAAUCGCCUUUCUGCAUUGUAUCCGCCUGGAAAGCUUUGUUUUGAAUUUCGAAAUGAACUACGAAACGUAAAGCGUAAGCGCGUUAAUUUUCACCUUAUAUAACAAAUAGUAAACAAUAAACAAAUAUUAAAAGAAUGAAAAGUAGAUAUUUAUGAUCUGUAAUAUAUGUUUGCCACUAUCAAUUUUGGCCUUCUUUAAGCAUAUUUUUGGGUUAAUUGUUCAAAUAGCCAAAAUAAUACGUUAUUUAGUUUUUUUUUUUAAAUCAGUAAUAAAACAAUAUUAUAAUAUUGAGAGGAUGUUACAUAAUUGUCCUCUACCAUUUAACAACAAAAAGGUAGAGAUUUUUGAAAAAGAGGAAAAGAAAAAAAACAUCAUGGUUAGUUUUGUUAAUAAUUGUUUUGGUUUAUGGGACUGGCCAAUUUUUUCUGGUUUUUAUACUCAGCAUGGUUAUUCGGAUCUCGGAUUGGAUCCAUUAGGAUAUUUAGUCUUGAAGGCUUGAAUUUACUUCUUUUUUUUCUUGUUUCGGGUUCCGGAAGAUGUACCCGAAAAUCUUUUGGAUCCUAUUUGGAUAUUAUUAGUAUUUUGGAUAUCCAUAAAAAAUAGGCCAAUUUAGGUGAAUAACUAAUAUAGAUAAAGUAAUUAGGUGAUCAUACAUUAAUUUUAUCUAUUUGCAAAACCCUGUAUAAGGGCAUGGUGAUAUUACAUUUCUGUCCAAAAAUAUUAUUGUUUGAACGUAGCUAUUCGUAAAAGAAUACGUGAGUCAGAGAUAUUGUGUCAGACUUUUGUAAGAGAAGAUAUAUGAUGAUUUGAAUAUAUGGCUAUAAAGUGAUUUGUGUGUUAAUGAAUAGUAAAUAUUUCAUAUCCAGAUAUUUGACAUUGUAUCCAUUUUUAAAAAUUAUAUCCGGUUCUAUCUGGUUCAACUAAUUUACAUGUACUAAAUUGUAUGGAAAAUUCAUAUUUUAUGCUUAAUAUCUGGAUAUUUGUUCUUGUAUCUGGUUAUUGGUAAAUUAAACCGGAUUAUGAAAAGAGUAUCCAAAAGAUGGUGUAUAUAUCUAUAGCAUGAAUGCAUAUAGAACACAAUAAUAGAAAGAUAAUCCAUAUUUUGAUGGUUAUGGCUUAUGUAUAUGUAAUAUCAGUGUAUAUUAGAACUAAAUUGAUAUAAAAAUUCAAAUAAUAUGUACAUGCGAUUUUAACCGGAUAUUACAAAGUUAAUCCAUAUAAUUGCAAUUGAAACAUAAACAUUUUAUCUGAGAGUUUCACAUGGAAUGACCACUAUGACUUAUCUGGUUAACUAACUUUGAACCCCAAUACUAAUGUUCAUAUAUUUUCAUCAAAAAAAUCAAAAACCAUCUGAGAAAAAAAAAACUAUCUCAAAUUUUCCUCUUGGUACAGCAAUCCAAUGAUUUGAUCGCCAAUUUCCUUCUCUAGUCAACCAAGCGAGAACUGAGUGUUCUUUAGUUCCAUUAAAUCUCUGAUAUCUGAAAAGUAAAAUAUGAUUAAGCAAUGUACAUGAAUCAAUAAGAAGUUAGACCAAUAUAUACAAAACACAUCAUCUUGUUCAAUGUUUUUCUUAACAACAAUGUAAUGCGCCCCAAAAAAAACAAGAAUUACAUAUGAAACGAAACCAAAAAGAUGAAAAAACAAAUGAAGAUGCAUAAUCAUCAAGAAACCAAAAUCCAAAAAAAUUAACAACAAAAAAUUGUUGGAUGUCAAAUAACAGAUGUAAGAAACAUUAACAAACCAGAACACAAGACCAAAAAUUGAAACUAAUCUGGUUAAUUUUCCGAAAAACCAUUAUACCAGAUGAAGAUUAGAGAUAAAUCUUCACAAAAAGAGCGACCAUGGGGCUAUGGUAUUGAACAAAAAAAAAACUCAAACUUUCAGAUUCAUCACAAGUUCCACCAUUU